ACGUAAACUUGAUAGACGUUGCUGCGGCAACGGCGCCUUCAGCCAAUGGGCUGCGGCUGCUGGCGUGUCAAUCACGCGCCUAUCGCGCCUUUGUGUGCGCGCGCGCCGACCCGGAGGGUCUGCCAAUCGAGUCCCAGGCCUCGUGGAGAGUGAGGCAAGACUCCGCCGUCCACGUGUGGCCCCUGUUCAGUUGGUCGUGUAGAUAGGUAGCUGUAGAGACGAUAGUAGGGAGGGAACUAUGAAGAUGGAUUCUCAAAACUCUCAAACGAACUCGGACGAAAUACCCAACGACCCCGGGAAAAUGUUCAUCGGAGGCCUGUCUUGGCAAACUUCAGCGGAAUCUCUGAGGACGUACUUUGACAAAUUUGGCGAAAUCAAGGAAUCAAUGGUGAUGAAAGAUCCCACCACAAAGCGAUCUCGGGGCUUUGGGUUUGUUACCUACCGCGACCCUGCUAGUGUAGAAAAGGUUCUAGCAAGUGGACCCCACUUAAUAGACUCGAAAACGGUGGAUCCCAAGCUGGCUUUCCCACGCAAGGCCCAGCCAAAGAUGGUGACACGGACUAAAAAAAUCUUCGUUGGAGGCCUGUCCUCGUCUACGACUGUUGAUGACGUGAAGAAGUAUUUCUCGCAGUACGGAACGAUCGAGGACGCUAUGUUGAUGUUCGACAAGUCGACGAAUAGACACCGGGGCUUUGGGUUUGUGACCUUUGACCAAGAAGAUGUUGUGGAAAAAGUGUGUGAGAUUCACUUCCAUGAAAUUAACUCUAAAAUGGUGGAGUGCAAAAAGGCUCAGCCUAAGGAAGUCAUGAUGCCAACGGCUAUGUCCAGAGGCAGAGGGGCCCUUGGAAGGGGCUACAUGACAGACGAAGGAGAAUAUAUAAUGGAUCUCGCUGGAGAUUGUGUUCUUCCUGAACUCUGUUAUCUUCCACCUGGAAUUGCCAGCUUCCCGACUUAUGGCCGAGGGUUUCCAGCAGCGACCUUGGCCCCUGCCGGCUAUUACUACCCAGGACUUGGAAAUGUGCUGAGUCAGACCACAGCCGCUGCUCGUACGCUCGCUUCUCGCCCCAUCUCGCGCACUCCCACCCGUGGGAUUGUGGGAAUUCAUGGCGUGGUGCCGGGCUUCCCUGGUUACGGCAUACUUCCUCAGCUGACCGCAGCCCCUACUGCUGACCGCACCUCCUCCCCGACCAUAUACGCUGACUUUGGCGUGGGUGCCACAGCGGCCAUUCCGCGCAGCGAGCAAACCCCCCUCCCCAUCAGCACGUCACCCCUCCACCGGGAACCUUUCGCCAGAGCCACAAGCAUUGCUGCUGCAACCAUGAUCAACACUCUAGGCACGGCCCAAGCUUUUCCCACAGCUGCCUCACCUGUAAGCAGCCGCCCAUUCCCAACAGCCACUAGUCCAAGCCCUUUGGAGCUGUAUGCACCUACACAGGAUGGCGUGGGAUUUAUGCAGGCAGCCACAAGCCCCCAGCCAACCACGUUUGGACAUAGCAUUCCAAUGGGCAACAUGGGCCACAGUCUAGCGGCGUCUCACCAGCUCAUACCAGCUGCCUUCACAAAUGGCUUCCAUUGAAUCAAGCUACAACAUAAUGAUCUCAAGUCCAGUCUCACAGGGGCGAUUUUGACUGGCCGGAAUUUUUGACAAGCCUUGUUGGAAGGCAACUGCCAAGGAGACCAGACUAGAUGACAAAAGAUCAGGGAGAGAGUUUUGCUGUUAGAGAAUUCAGUCCACCAGUUACUCUGGCCGAUGUAAUCCAUCUUUUUUGCUGACUAAAGUGUUGCUCUUGCAGCAGUGUUUGUGUUUGAGGAGACAAACAAUGCAUUGUUGUGGAUGCCUCAUUUCAUUUGCUCUGCUACCUUGCCCAUCCGCGCCUCAUUCAAAAGACAUCAUAGAGAUGCUGAGGGGUGUGACUACAUAUUAAAAACAUGCUUAAGAACAAUGCUUUUUUAUUUCAAGGCCAUUUAUUGUGUACUUGAGCAAGUGUGUGCUUUGAAGUGUGGUAAGACAUGUUUGCCCUUUUUGAAAAGACUUAUGUUGCAGCUUCCUUCUGGAAUGAAUUCAGAGUAUGCUACUCAAUGUGUAAUUCUUUAGCAUUUUAGCCAAAACGUAGCAUGCAUGAAUAAAAUGGCAGACAUAAAAUUUGACAUUUCUUGUCUUGCUUCACAUUCAUGUUUUUGAAACAAAAAUGCAAAAAAUGUUGUUUUACUGUUGUCAUUUUAACUCUUGUCAUUCUUUAAUUUUUUAAUGGGGUUUUCUUUUGUUUGCUGUUGUUUUAUUGAUUGAUGUUCUUCUAGCAUGAAAUUUUAAUUUUUGUGAGGGAGGUUUUUUUGUGUGUGAAUACCAUUCAAAGUGAAGAUAAAUUUGUUAGUUUACUUCCCACUGAACUAAUGAGGUGUUGUUUCUGUAGGCAUCUUCAAAACACUUCAUUCAUGCAUUUUCAUUCCAGUUUAGUGCAUACUUUUACACUGGCAAAACCAAAGUGAAAAUGGGAUGCUUUUUUUUAUUUGGCGCUGUUUGCUGGACUCUUUAAUAGAUGCAUUUUUCACAGGUUUGUAUUUAAAUGAUGCAUAACUUUCCUUUCCGUAUCCUGCAUUGCAACUAUCUUUGCUUCUAUGUAUAAACAUGAAGAACUGCCUGAAAACAUGGCACAACAAUCUGCUGUUCAGUGGCUGCUUUUAUUAUCUUAAAUUUUUUAUCAGUUGUCAUGAAGAUGAAAGUUGAGAAAAUUAAUACUGCACAAAAUAUUAAAGCUCAAAAAUACCCAUUUAGCUUGCUUUCAUGUGGGUUAAUCCUACUUCAUCAAGCAGAGGAAAUAUGGUUUUAGAAUGCUGCUAAUUAAAGCAGAGCUGUAAUAUUUCAAUGAAGAUCGUACUUGGUAUCUUUCCAGAUAUUUAGAAUUUUUAUUUUGUGUGCAAAUGUUUUACUAUUCGUUAAUUUUUCUUGUAACUCUGUCUCAUGACAGUCACACUGAUUUUGAGUUUUAAAAAAGUCUAGGCUUCUGGUUACCCAGUUUUCAAGCUAUUCAUCUUGCUGAACAGCUGUACAUUGUAAUUACUGUAAUAUUUUUUACUCAUGUUCACACUUACUAUGUAACCACAUAUCCCUCCUGUUCAUCUUCCUCUUAGUACUAUUUCUCUUCCUUUGUUUAAUUUACAUUCAUCUUUUACAUGGGCAUGUAGUUUACACUCGCUUCCAUCAAUACAUAUAUACAUACUGUACAGAAGGAUAUAAAGAUAGUCUUAAUUUUUUUACAAUCCAUUUUUGAGGGACAUGUAUACACAUGCAUAUGAACACAUGUGUAAGCAUGUGCAUGCAUACAUGCACAACAGACACACACACGCUGAUUCCAUGCCUGCUUGAGCUUUUAAGUUUACACUUGCAGUUUGUGACACGUUGUGUUCAUGUAAAUUAUUCAUGAUCUGUAUGUACAAAAUAAUAUGGGAACAUGUCUCACUCUUGUGUGUUCUUCACAUCCAAAACUGGCGUUGAAGCCAUCUUUGUUCCUUGUUGUUUGCAUGCUUGGCUGUUGAUGCUCUAACUAUGAAUGAUCAUGGUCACCUGUUCUGUAAUAAUGAAUUUUACUCAGAUAAGUUUAACCAUGUGAUGUAAAUUUCUUUGCCCUUGGCACUUUUGAAAAAAAAAUCCUUCCCCUGGUGAUGUACAUGCAGUUUUCCUUUAUAUUGUAAACAUUUAUGUCACACACACUGAAAAAUACCCACAGCAAUAUAUAUUUAAAUAUAUAAAUAUCUGUCCAAGAAGAACAACAGCUUUUAUCAUGUAUGUGUACAGAGUUUUUUUAAUUUUCCUGCUAACUAUUCUUCCAUCUUCUUCCCAAAUUUGUGGAUAUCACUUUAUGCAUUCGGUUUCUAUACAGCCUAUACUCUUGUCCAUCCAAGUAUGGUUUCCUGUUCUGGAAUUUUUUAAUAUACAUGGAUGUUCUCUGGCAUUUUUAUAUCAUUCUCUUAAAGAAUCUUGUUAUAUUUGUGAUGGUGUAAACUUGUGAAUGUAUCUACUACAUAAUUAUACUCACCAUGUUGAACUUUUAAGUGAAUUGUCCAUUAUGAACACCAAUAAUAGAAAAAUGUUGAUGUAUGACAUUGCUAUUAUUCAAAGAUCUGUUGUUUUUUUUUUAAAUAUGAAAUCCUCUGCAAAAGCAUGUUUGUUGUCUGACAUGCUUUUGGAUGGUUACUUUUGCAUGCCAUCUUAUCUCCCUUUAUAUAAUAAUUUUAACAUCUACACAUCUUACAGCAGGUACAUUUUUGUGCAUAAAAGUUUAGAGUUCUUCCAUUUUUACCUUUUUAAACAGUGUGGGGUUUUCUUUUUUGAAGGACCACUUUAUACAAGUUGGGCUGUAGAAAGGAUGUGUCAAACUGUGCUGUAAGUGUCUUUCCUUGAAAGAAGAGAUACACACAGUUAUGUUUAGAGAAACAUCUUAGUAUGAAGCUUGUUCACCUGGUUGUGUCUGACCACUCUAUUAAGGAACAGUGCCCUGUUGUGAAACAUACUGAAUUUCUCUCUUCCCCCUUCUCGCAUAAAUGUUGAAUUUCUAUGCAAGUGAUGUCUAUAGACAUAAAUAACAUUCAAGUAAAGAAAGCAUUGGAUUUAGGAAGUUGAGGGGAAGGGCUAUAUAAUUUUUGUGUUUAUUUAGUUAUUAUUUGUGUUUUAAUCUUUUUUGCAUGUCAGCACCACGAAGUACUGCAUUUAUACUUUUUGACAUCACACAAAGGCUUGAUUCUAUUCUUUCUGGCACCCUCCCUCCAUGAAAACAGUUUAAUCUGUGUUUAAUCAUGAUAGACAACAACUUUUCCAGCAAACCUUAGUUUGAUAAAUUUCAGAGCUUUUUGGCUUUGAAAUUUUAAUCUCUCCUCUUACUCCCCAAUGUUUUCUAAAAUGAAUCAGACUUUGGUGUAUUUUUAUUCACUUCUUCAGCUGGAGGGAGUGGGCAAGCCAACUUUACAUUGGCUUUUGUUGUGAUAAUACAGCUGAACAUAGGGAGUGAUAUGAAGAGGAUCAGAUUACAGUCACAAAUCAUUUAUUAGAGCUUCUAGGAAAAAAAGAUGUUCCAUUCAUCUCAGGUAAAUUAUUCAUGUGACAAAAGCUGCGUACAGGCCACAUAAAGUAGUAUGUUUAAACAUUCUGUUCCUCUUUGAAACCAUUAUCAUUGGGCCUCUGAAGAUGUGAUCUGAAAAUUAAUCUGUGUUCAAAAGGGUUUGAUGAUGCCAUUGAAAUGCUAGGCAGCUAUUGGCGCCUAGAGGCAAAAGAUGUCAAUGAAUUUUGUAUAAGUAAUCACGAAGUAAGCUUAAAAUCUAUACUGAAAUAGCUAUCUGGCCUUAAUUACAUUUUUUUUUUCACUCCAUAUUUGGAACACACUAAAAGAUCACAAUUUUUUUUUAAAUUCUCCACAAUUGCAGAACUACAUGUAUAACUAAUUUACAUUUAGAAUGCUUUUUUCUCCAAUGAAAUUAAUGUCACAAAUGCAUUCAUAUAAUUUUUUUGUAAAUAAUGGCUGGUUUCUGAUUUUUUUAAAGUACUUUUUUCCUUUUUUAAAAAGACUUUUGUUUGGUAAAGGGUAAUGAUGUGUCUUCAUUUUCAGAGUGUUCUAAAGGAGGGCUUGCAGCACAGCCAAAAAACAAUAAAAAUACUGAAAACAUCCAUUCAUGUUGUAGUGUCUUGUUUUGAUGACAGAUUUGGAAAGCCAAGCUGCUGUAGAUGCUAAUAAGAACCUCUUCCAGUUACUUUAAGUUAGCACUAGCAGUUUAUGGGUUAGUGAGAAUGACAGGGCUUCACAUGCAUAGAAAUCAAGAUGGUAGAUUUCUAAUUAAAAGGUAUUUAUUAUUCUAAACACAAAUCAUUAACAGGUAAAAGCUUUCUUGCUUGAAAAUUUGCUUGUUUGCGUGGAAAAGAAACCCAAACAUCAAGGCUCUUGAUUAACAGAUUGUAAAUGAAGAAAAGAUCAGGUCAAGAGUUUUUAAGAUACAACAUGUGAGCAUUGUCUAAGAAAAUUGUGUUUAGUUGGAAAUUUUAGAGGAUGUUUCUUGGCUUAGAAAAAUGUGUGAGGCUCAAGGGCUUUGAAAUUACAGAACUGCAAUUCAUUUUUACAACAGAAAAUGAUUAUUUUCAUUAAAUAUUUGGGAAAUCAGGCUUUUUGGGAUUUUUUCCUAAGUAAAUACAAUAAUCAGUUUAAUUUUUGUGUGCAAAAUCUAUUUUAGUCUUUAGAGACAAUACAUUGCUAAGUUUCUUUAACAGCAUAAUUAAGGGGUGAGUACUACUAAAUGGCUGCAGUUGUAAAUGCCCUCUACUUGUUUAAACAUUUGAAAUUUAGGGAUAAACAGGUUUGUUUGUCAACUUUUUUGUUUCUUCAUUAUAUUGUAUUCAAACUAUUAAAUGUAAGAAUAAUCUAUGUCCUUGGCAUUUCUUAUGUCCUUUGACGGAUGAUGGAUGUCCUUGUUCCAAACGCAAAAAAAAAAAAAAAAAAUGUAAAUAAACUGAAUUUUUAGAGCAAAUUUAAAUGAUCAAUCUGCAAAUUGCAUGCUUUUUCUUUGCAUGAAGUAUUUAUUGCAUGGUUCUAUUCAUCUUUAUGUGGUGUCAGUCACUCCUGAUUUGAGCCUUUGCUUCUGUUUGCACUUGCGAUAAAGAAUUCUGAGCCUGCUAAAAUAAUGGUGACUGUAAAAUUCAUAAAAUCCUUUUCUUUUUAAAUUAGCAUAGAUGUCAUUUUGGGGAAAGAAGGGGCUAGAAUUUUGAAUCACCACAAAAUAAUGAAAAUCUUCCCCCACAAGUUGGAGAGUUGAUGACUGUUUCGUGAAUCAAAGUGUGUUGGUUUCAUGAAAAUCAACUGGCUAAAGGCUGUGCAGUGAGUUGCUGACUUUUUGAAUCAGCACUGCUGGAGUGUUGGACAAAAAAACACUGAUUUUUUCUAGGCUUGAUUAGUUUAAAUUGGGUAGAAAAUGAGUAAAUUUUGUACACUUGAAGUCCAUCGAGAACAAAAUUUAGUAGUUACAGGUUUAAGAAAGGACACUCUAUCAUUCCUGUGUACUUUCAUAAACCUUUUAGUUAUAGUCCAUCAAUUAUGAGCACAAUGUUUUCAGUUCUCUUUGUUUCUGAGAUAUUUAUAACAGGCAGACAGGUUUACUUUAAACUUUUCAUGAAAAAAAGGGUAUCUGGGAUAGCGAAACAAUGAAGGAGGGUUUCGCUAUUUUUUUUUUUUAAAUCCCAUUUCCUGUGCAGCUUAUUUUUGAAUAACAACUGUUGAAUGAUGACUUUUAACAGGCUACCUCUGUUGAUAAUGGAAACACUGUGAUCCUAGGUGUAGGUUUUAGCAGAAAUCCUAUUGUUUAUUGUUUGUGUACAUGAAAGAAAGCAUGGCUGUACAUACAAUGUCUAGAAAAGUCUUUUAGACAUUUAGUAUAAAAGUAGUUGAUGCUGUAGAUUAUCUAAAAAGCAAUAAUAUUGUUAUAGGUGCAAAGAGGUGUUUGUUUUGAAAGAUUGCCAUAAAUGUGGCAACCUUUUCAUUCCUGACACAACACAAGGACGACCAUUGUUUGUUUACCUUAUUUUGCUCCUUCCCGCCUGUUCUGUGACCAUGACAUUGACACUCAUGCCAAAAAUGUCGAGGGCCAGAUUUUUCAUGCUUAGGGCAUUGGCCACACAUUAAUUUUAUGCAUUAAGAGAACAAGAGAAUCUGGGCUUUCACAAGUUAGAGGAUGCAUCCCAACAUCUUUCAGAAGAUGAUAGGUGCUUGCACAAUAACGUUGAAUUACCGGAUUAUGGAGAGGGAAAGGUUUGCAGACUUAUGCACUCAGGAAUGGAAAGGUUGAUUACUUUUUGUUGUUGAUGGUGAUGCGGGAAAAGGGUUGGAAUUGUGUUUUAUUCUUUCCUUGCUUGAAGCGCCUCUGCAGCAAGAGAAAUAUGUCCAUUCAAUGUCACAAUUAAUGUUUGUAACUGCUCUUGAGAGAAUUGUUUUCCUCAUGGGUCAAGAAGAAAUGGUUUGAAAUUUUUGUAUUCAUUUUUAAUGAUGUGAAAUUGUCAUGGCAGUAGUAGUUUAGUGAGAAGUAGGGAACUGACAACAGAAUUUAACCCAAUUUUAUUGAAUUUGGUAUCUUAGGAUUUGUUUCAUUCUAUGGUCAUUAUAGUCAUUGUUUUUAUUUUUUCUUGAGUUAAACUCCAUUAUAAAAUGGUUGGAAUAAUGAACAUUUCAAGUGACAAAACUAAAUAUAGCCAUUUCACAUGUUGUUGAUGAAGCAUUUUGUUUAGAUAGAAAACUGAAACAAAUCAUUGUUUGCAAAAUAUGACGUAUGCAGGUAUGCUGGGACUGGGGAAAAAAACUCACCUCUUUUCAGACUGUUUUUCAAGUCACUUAUUUAUAGUGAAAGAAUAGUGAUGUGAUCCCUUUAAUUUAUCUUGCAAUGUUUGCAGUGAAACCAUCAACUUUUGAUUAAUUUAGUCACCUGACUUGAUUGUUGAUUUAUAUUCUGAAGUGUAAAACUGAAGCAUUUUUCUCUGCCAAGAAAAGGUCAAGGUCAUCCCCUGAAUUUUUUUUUUAAAAGGCCAUUGGGGAGCAACCUGUUAGAAACCUAGCUUCAGGUGAGGGCGGUGCCCAUUUUCUCUCCCUCCCUUCCUUACCUUCCCCAACCCUCUGUGGAGUCAGAUACCUAUUCCUAAGAGCUGGGUUAACUGGAGUAAGUUUCUGGACAUGGGUAUCGAACCGGUGGGCCUCUUGGCUGUGAUCGCUGAGCCAUGCUUACUCUUCCUCUCAAGAAAAGGCUUUCUACAGUUGCCAGUUGAGCAGAAGAAAGUUGAGAAAAAAUUGUUAUAUUAUAACUAUGAUUGCUGCCAGGUGGCUGCAUCAGUGUUAAGCAUGUCACAAUAAUAACAUCAAUGCUCAUAUGUGCUGUUAUGACUUAUUCCACAGAAAGCUCAGCUGACAGCUAGAUAUUUUGUUUCUUUUGCUGGAGUUUUGCCAGCACCUUUCCAGUACCUGUUGUUCUGUUUUCAUUGAGAAUCAGUCAACUUCUCUUGCUGUUCUGCUUUUUUUCUUAUUUUCCACCUGCUGGCUCUUUUUUUUUUUUUUCAUAUUUUCUCUUCACUCCUUUCAUGGUCUGUGCUGCUUUUUUGAUGAAACAGCUAAGUUGCUUUAUAGGAAUCUGUCCUUAAAGAUUUCAGAGGAAUUAAAGCAGAAGAUGAGAAUGUGGGUUGUAAAUAUGAUAAGCAUUAUGUUAGCAGGUUUGGGCUUUCGACAGUCAGUUUUAUGGUUGCAUGAAGGAAUAUUCUGAGAGAAAGGUUUUCACAUCUGCAAGCUCAAUGGCUUUUGUGCAUUCCUAUAUGCAGCAGUGGGUUUUUUUGCAUGCCUUUAAAUGCCAGUAAUUGUCUCAUUAACUGUAUGGGUGAGUGACAAGCUGGACCUUUGGUGUGGAUUUGUUUCCGUCACCAUCUGGUAACCCUGGGAACUAAUCACGUUUUCCAUCCUGCUUUUUGAUUCAGCAACUUUCAUAAUUUCUGCCCAUUUUCUUUCAAACAUACUGCUUCAAAUUUUCAGUCCCAACUUAUCCUUUCUUCUUGCCCACUCCUUGUCUGCCUUGAACCUUGAACCGUUAUUAUCCCUCCCCUUCCUUUAUUACUUCCCCAAAUUUUUUUGUUGUUGUAAACAAAGCUGGGUUUCCCAUUCCCAGUGACUGUAUAUAAUGAGGUGGUCACGGUGUUAUUGUACUGAGGCAGCUGAUAUUUUAGUUUGCUGAUAGUCUUCAUUUUCUCAAGCACCUGCCAGCUUGAUAAAUAUGCUUUCCAUUUCCAUUUAAAUGUCAUAUCCAGCAAGGUCACAAUAUAGAGAUUUAGGGAAGAAACAAAGGCUGACCAGCAUCUGUCAAUGGCAGUUAAAAUAACGAACUAUCUUGUCCCAAAAUACUGGAGAAUGACCACUUGGCAUUCCAGGUCAGAAAGGAAUUAUUUCCUGAAAGGUAACAGCUUACCUGAGGUACAUUAUUUUGUUUAAAAUUGAGCAAAGAAAUCUUUCUUCUGUGACACGUUUACAGUCGAUGCUUUCCCCUUCCUUAUAACACUCCAAACAUCUUUAACUUUAGCAUAAUUUUAUAUAACCUCACUUUUCCACGUCAUGGUAAUGUUUUUAUAGACUGUAUUUUCCAGUUCAUUAUUACAGAUGCUAUAACAGCAGAUUACAGAUUCCCAAUCAUGGUUAGUAACAAAUUUGCAAUCUUGAAGUUUUUAGCUCUGCUGGUGGUGAGAGCGGACAGUCCACACUGGCUGACGACACAUUGAACCUAAUGUGUUGUGUUGCGGUGGCGAGCUAUUGUUUUAUUUUCAGUAGACUUAGAGGAUCAAAUUGCCUCAUAAAGUCUUUAUAGAUGCAGUUUCAGAUUUCAGCAGGCUUCAUCUUGCAGUUCAUGAUGUGGAUUAUUUUGAUGCAGAAGCUGGCUAUCCUAACUAAAAUGGUUUAAUGUCCUUAUUGCUGUCAUCACAACAUACUAUCAGAUUGCAAGCACAGUCUAUGAUGAUGUUGAAACCAAAUAAGUUAACUAUUCUUCUCCCCCACCCACUUUUUUUCAAGUCAUGUUCCAGUAGCUAGCCUUACCUUUUUCUCCUCACUGUGCUAUUUGUUUUUCACCGAGACAAAAAUCAGCCGCUUUGUAAAAUGAGUACAUCGGUGUUUUCGGGAAAAAAGGGAAAAUGCUCAUGCAAACGAAAAAAUUGUCACUUUAUUAUUCCACUGGUGUGUUUUCUUCAUCUCUAUAUUGUGUAGAGCAAGAAAUUUGAUGUGACAUGUAAGUUGCUGUUUCAUUGCAUUUUUUAACCUCAUCAGUCUUACCAAACAUCUUGGCCCAUUUUGUUUUUCAUGCUAUGACGGUGUGGUUUUUAUAUAGCAUUUGUUACAAACUUUUCAACUAAACUGUUACCUUUUUUCAUUUUUGUGGUUGGAAGUUUUGAGUUUGAUUCAUUUUGCACAUCCAAGUUUGGACAAAAACAAGCUAGCUUUGUAAGGUUUGUUUAGAACUGUAGCUUUCUCCCUAAUUUUUGGCACAAAAAGUAAAUUUUUUGUAAGAAAACAAUUUUGUUGGAGUGCUAACAUUAUAGAAGAUAUGUGAAUACCUCAAUUUUAAUUUUCCUUUUUUUUCUGUCUACAUUAACUUGAGAUCUCAUUUUUGUGUUGUGUGAACUUGCAAGUGUGGAGAAUGUAUGUUCAUGUUCAUUUGAAAAUCUGAAUGCACAUCUGUACUUUAUAGUGUUAUUAAAUGGCUUAUUACAAGGAGAAAAUUAUAGAACUGAAGAAGAAUAAAGAACCACAGGGGGUGUGGGGAGCAAAUAGCUGAAAGGAUAGUGUGUCCUAUAAAGGAUUUAUGACAACUCAUGGGAGUACUAUUAUCAUGGGAGUAUUAUUUAAGCAGUACUAGUGAUGGACGUGAUGAUGCUUACGCAGUGAAUGCUGUAGGGAAUUUGUGCUACAACAGAGACCAACAUUAAAGAACACUUCUUUUUUGCUUUAAUCUGUAUUGAAAAGAUGGUUUUGAGGGCUUUAUUUAUAAAGCAUUCAAAGCUAAACUGUCUCUUGCAAACUUUAAUUUUAAAAAACUUUACUGGUGACAGCUUUGGAAUUUAUAUCUGGCUCUUUUAAAAUGUCUUCCUGAGAUAACCACCUAGAGUUUUUAUUUGCAGUUUCACUUAAAAACACUCAACAGAUGUGUGUAAAAUAUUAGUAACACCCUUAAUUUUGCAUUUAGUUUUGAAAUGUUCUGAUAAAUAUGCAACAUACAGUGGAUGAAAAAAACUCAGGAAUAAACGUGCAGCAUGUAGAGGAGAAAUUCAAGAGAUGCAUUUGAUAGAAGUGCAUUGUUUAGAAAGGUUGUGACUUGCAUAAGAUCAGGCUAAUUGUCAGAAUUAGUAUCACACUUGCUUACAAGUUAACCUCAUUUCUUGUACAUUUUAAACUUGUCUGGUUAGAUGUGUGCUAUAUGGUAAAUGAAAGUCAACAGCUCAUCAGAUUCUUCUCAAAAUUUGACAGGAACUAGCAUAAUUGGCCGCAUUAUGACCACUGAAAUUCCUAUCACCUGUUGCAUUUAAGUUUUUUUGCUCCCUUUCAGUCCCCUGUGGUGCUGUACUUCUUUGCAACUAUCAGCUACCAUACCUGUUCUUUGAACUUUGACAUCUAGAACUUAGUCUUCUCGGUUGCUUUACUGAUAACUGGGCAAAGCAAUAAACACAAAAACCCACCUAAGAGCAGUGCAGAGAUGUCAAAGAUAGAUGGUGUUAACCACUAGUUUCUUAACCAUGUCUUAAAGCCACAUUUAUAGAGGUAACUUGGAUUUGGCUUGAUACAAGACUUCUGGAACGCAUCUUUCAUGCCUGUUACUUUUUCCAAAAUAUGGUGGACACACUGAACCUAGUACCCAUUUCAGUGUUUGGUAUGAGGUAGGGUGAGCUAAUGAAAUCAAGCAGCUGUGUAUGUUUUAUUAUUUGUACAGGAAUUUGAUGGAAAACUGUGUUCAACAGAAUUUGUAUUUUUUCUUAGAUGUGGCCAUAUGCUUUGGUUUCUCACUAGUUUGAAAGUUGUUAGUCACUUAAGAACAAAGGGGUGAAGAUUAACGAAAACAAGUCCAUCCAUAUUUGUUACAUUGUCUCUCCUUGUCUCUUGCACAAGUGUGAAACAGAAUGCAGCAUCAACCUGUGUAGCUUAUUCGUGUUGUGGUUUCAUGAACUGACUUGUGAUGACAAACAUGGCAAUGUUACUUGAACAGUGGCUUUUGAUUUAACACGAUAAGGUUUGAAGGUGCACAACCGGUUAAUCUGCUGCCAUGGUAACUUGCUGGCAACAGUAGUAUGUUUCUUUUAUGUGGAUUUUGUAUAGCAUAUUGUUUUAAAAGACAGAACGCCUGAUUGUCAGUUUGGUUUCAGAGGUAUGAACAUAUUAGAUGAAAAAAAAAAGGUGAAGAUCGUUCCAUGACCAUCGAUUCCAUGAUCUGCAUUUUGCUAGGACCAUUUCUCCCACACCCUCACAGUACACCAAUUGCUGUUGGCUAUGCAAUCUGCAAGAAAAAAGAAAAGAAAAUGCAUGUUCUGGAAUGGUUGUACAUAACACAUUUGUAAAUGGUUUUGUUUUUAUAUAUAUAUGUGAGCAAGGGCAAUUUUUUCAGCAAUGUCUUGCAUAGGUUGGCGCUUUGUUGGACAUUAUUAUUGUUAUAAUUAUUUCAAAUGUGCUACAUUUUUUUUUAUAUUAAAAUAUAUUUUAAAACCUGUUUUUGUGAAGUUUCUGAUUCUAAGUGCAGAGUUGCCUUGACAAGAAAAGUGGAUUUAUUAAAGAAAAUGGCCUUUUCCUUUUUUGUAAGGAAAGUGGGAUUGUGGGACUGUAUGAUCAGCUAUUGUCAGUCAUUUGUGAAAUGGUGAGGAUGGCAAGACAUCAGCACAAAUUGUUUAUCUCCUUGACCAUUGUAUGAUCUUUUACUUUCCUUUUUUUUAAAAUUCAGCAUUCUCAGUUGUAAGAUUUAUAUUUGGUUUACAUGUGUUUAGUGGGUUUAAUCAGAUUUGGUUGUGUCCCCUGUAUCAUUUGGUUCUAGCAAAGAGAAAACUCAGAACAAAGAGGACAUGUGCCAAAGCAAGUUUAUUAUACCAUCUGUACAUUAAUGCACUUUUUGGGGGGCAGUACACGUUUUAGCGAAAUAGGAUUUCCAUUUUUUUUUUCAAACUUUGCAUGAACAGAUGUGCAUAAAUGAAUUCACAGAAGUACGUCCAUGCUGUGAAGUUUCUUUUGUAAAUAAAUUCUAUUUCAGGCCACUCUGUAUUAAGCUGACCCCUCUGUUCCUGUAACCCUUCCUGUUGUUUAUAGUCUUGUUAUAAAAACCACACACAGCUCUGUCUCUGUAACAUUUCUUUCCUUUGUUUGGAAUGGAGAAUCCUCCAUACUAUAUUGUAAUGUGAGAUGUAUGUGCACAAUUUUUUAUUUGAGAAAUAAACAUGGUUGAACUCAAA